AUGGCGCACCUGGGCGCAUCGCACAAGGCCUCUUCCCACGCGGACUUUGCGCUCAAUCCCGUCUCCAGCUUUCACUCUGCCACGUCGUCUGGUCCCUCUGGAGGACCAGCGGGCCCGUCCCGGAAGCGUUGGCAAGCUCCGCGGUUCUCGUCUCUGAGGGCCUCGCGGUCCAAUAAUAAUCAUCAGCAGCAGCAUCAGCAGCAUCAUAAUCAUAAUAACAGUAACAGCAACAAUAAUCAUAACAAUGGCUUGCAUCGCAACGAGCAACAUCAUCAGCAGGAGCAGCAGGAGCAGCUUUCGCCAGAGCAGAGCUGCACCAGCAAUGCCACCGCAACGACGGCCAGAAGAUGGUGGAGGGUGCGGCUCUUCCGCGGCAUGAUCAACGACAUCAAGCGGCGAGCGCCCUUCUACUGGAGCGAUUGGCGGGAUGCCUGGGAUUAUCGUGUCGUUCCGGCGACGGUGUAUAUGUAUUUUGCAAACAUCCUUCCUGCUCUGGCUUUCUCUUUGGACAUGUUCGAAAAGACAAACCACAGCUAUGGCGUCAAUGAAGUCCUGCUCGCCUCCGUCUUGGGCGCUGUAGUGUUUUCCUUUUUCGCUGCUCAGCCGCUGGUCAUUGUCGGAGUGACUGGUCCCAUUACGGUUUUCAACUAUACCGUCUACGAUAUCAUGGCGCCGAGAGGCACUAAUUAUCUUGCAUUUAUGUUUUGGAUUGGACUUUGGUCCCUGAUUUUCCACUGGCUGCUUGCCAUUACCAACGCCUGCAACGGCCUCACCUAUGUAACCCGAUUUUCCUGCGACAUUUUCGGGUUCUACGUCGCCUUCAUCUACCUCCAAAAGGGAAUCCAGGUCCUGACCAGACAAUGGGGCAUGGCGGGGGACACCUCGGCCUAUCUGAGCGUCAUGGUAGCCCUUCUCGUCUUGAUGAGCGGUUAUGUAUGCGGCAUGAUCGGCGAAAGCACGCUGUUCCAGCGAUACGUGCGGAAAUUCAUCGAGGACUACGGCACGCCGUUGACAAUCGUCUUCUUCACCGGCUUCGUCCAUUACGGCCACAUGAAGGACGUCCAUGUCGAGACGCUUCCGACCUCGAAGGCGUUCUUUCCAACUGCUGAUCGAGGCUGGCUUGUGGAUUUGUGGAAUAUCAGUGUUGGCGAGGUGUUUCUUGCGAUCCCGUUUGCCAUUCUGCUGACGAUUCUUUUCUAUUUUGACCACAAUGUCUCCUCCUUGAUCGCUCAAGGCACGGAAUUUCCUCUUCGGAAACCUGCUGGCUUCCAUUGGGAUUUCUUCCUCCUGGGCCUGACGACCGGCGUUGCUGGGCUUCUGGGGAUCCCUUUCCCGAAUGGUCUGAUCCCGCAAGCUCCAUUCCAUACCGCUGCCUUGUGCGUUACCCGCCAGGUCGCGGACGAGGACGAGACGAAUAAGGGCAAGACGAUCCGCGUCACGGACCACGUUGUCGAACAACGCGUGAGCAACCUGGCCCAGGGGCUGCUUACUCUGGGGACGAUGAGUGGUCCGCUAUUGAUCGUGCUCCACCUCAUCCCCCAGGGCGUCUUGGCCGGGCUAUUCUUCAUCAUGGGAGUCCAAGCACUCCAGGGGAAUGGCAUUACGCAGAAACUUGUCUUUCUGGCACAAGACAAGCAUCUGACUCCGCCAUCCCAUCCGUUGAAGAGGCUGAAACGCCGCAGUGCCGUCUGGGCCUUUGUCAUCCUCGAACUCGUUGGCUUUGGGGGCACCUUUGCUAUCACCCAGACCAUCGCAGCCAUCGGCUUUCCUGUGAUCAUUCUGCUCCUUAUCCCUGUGCGUUCCUUCCUGUUACCGUACUGGUUCACGCCCGAGGAGCUAUCGACGCUGGACGCGCCAACAGCAAGCCCUUUUACCAUGGAAAGUGUGGGCGGCACCUACGGCGUUGAAGAAGAGCCCUCAUAUGCGGAACCAUCAGCCGGACAGAACGAGAGAAGGGACGAUAGAAGAGGCGGGAUUCUGGAAAGCGAGUCUCCAUCUUCAGGGCCAAGGGAUCGAUCGCCCACGUCGUCGGAAUCCGUCGUCGAGGACGAGCUCGAACGAGGAGAGCUUUACGAGCUGCAACCGAGGCCAUCCAUGAGGAGGAGGAGCACGGUCAGCAAGUAG